AUCUUUAGCUUGCCUUUUAUUGUGGGGAAGUCUCAACAGCCUUCUCUCUUUUACAACCUAGGGAGUCUCAGAUUGCAAAUAGCCUGGUUGAGUGGGAAAGACUGAACCAAGAGCCAGGCAGCCUGUUUCUCAGGCUGUGUUAUCAAAGGAAAUGUGUAUCUUCUGAGUAUUAUCUCUGUGUUCCAAAAAUAAAUAAAAUCCAGUUUCCUAUUACUGGUUAUUUUCCUUCUCUGUGCCCUUGGAAAUUUCUGUUGGCAUAGUAAAUAGGGAGAUGAGUGUUUGCAGAGUAAAAUUCUAAGUUUUCCUUUAUUUCUCUAGUAUUUUAUUAUGAAAAAUUUAAAGUUUACAGAAGAGUUGAAGGAAUUAUAUGCUGAAUACCCAUGUCUACCACUUAGACUUUAUAAUUGAUAACAUUGUGAGAUGGUUGCUUUAUCAUCCAUCCAUCUGUUAUCCAUCUAUAAGAUACAUUUUUAGUAGACUGGCCGUGUGUCCCAGCCAGCCAAUUGUCCCCGCCGCGCCUCAGGCCAAGGUUUCAACAGACCUCACCAAAAUGCCAUCUCAAAUGGAACAUGCCAUGGAAACCAUGAUGUUCAUGUUUCACAAGUUUGCUGGGGAUGAAGGCUACUUAACAAAGGAGGACCUGAGAGUACUCAUGGAAAAGGAGUUCCCUGGAUUUUUGGAAAAUCAAAAAGACCCUCUGGCCGUGGACAAAAUAAUGAAGGACCUGGACCAGUGCCGAGACGGCAAAGUGGGCUUCCAGAGCUUCUUCUUGCUAAUUGCUGGGCUCACCAUCGCAUGCAAUGACUAUUUUGUAAUACACAUGAAGCAGAAGGGAAAGAAGUAGGCAACAUGAGCAACACUCCCGCCCGCCCAAUGAGAGUUCUCCCGAAGGGUCUCUUUAGGAAUCUGUCCCACAGCUUCCCCCUGUAUAAAGGAUUCCAUGAGCAGAUCGGGACCCUCAGAAAAUGUACAAAUAAAAUCCAACCCCCAUUUGAGAAGCAGAGAAAGAAAAAUCAGAUAAGCUUUUGAUUUUUAUAUUGCUUGCACCCUCUUACCCUCAAUAAACAAAUUCCUUCUUCCUCAAAAAAAAGAUACAUUUUUAGUAACUUGUAUCUUUAUCUUUAGAAUAACCAUUAAAAUCUGAGGAAAAAAGUGUAUAUACACACACGUGUGUGUGCAUAUAUAUGUGUGUGUGUGUGUGUGUGUGUGUGUGUAUUAUAUAUGUUGUUUUUUUAUUCCCUCUUUAAGUCCUGGU